ACCGAUAAAGAUAGUAAUAAUAAUAAUAAUAAUAAUAAUAAGAAAGAAAAUGAUGAUAAUAAUAAUGGUGAUAAUGAUAAUGGUGAAGAUGAUGAUGAAGAAGAAUUGGGAACUACAGUAUUGCCGUUGGCGAGAAUCAAGAAAAUACUUAAAUUUCAUCCUUCACAUAUAUCAUGUAAUGAGGCAACUGUUUUUGCUACAGCUAUUGCAACAGAAUUAUUUGUUCAAUAUCUAACGGAGCAGGCAUUAAUAAAUGCUCGAAUAGAAAAAAGGAAAAAAUUGACGUAUAAGGAUUUUUCGCAAGCUGCAUCAGUGAAUUCUAAUUUGAAUUUUUUAACCAAUGUUGUACCCAAGACUCAAAGUGUUCGAAAAUUAGUUCGGAAUGAUGCUAUAAGGUAUUCUAAAGCGACUAAAAACAUGAAACAACUUGUGGGUAAUAAUGGUAAAACUAGUUAUAGCAAUGGGAAUGAGGAAUUGGUUGAUGAAAAUGGGAAGAUUAAGAUUAGUUAUGAUUUUAAUAAUAAUAGUUAUCUCAAUAACAAAAAUAAAAACCGGAGCAAAAACACUGAUAAAAAUCAACUGAAAUUGCCAUUUGGUAAGAUAACGGAUAAAGCUGAGGAAAAGUUUAUUAGUGAAUUAGUUAUCGAAUCAGAAGUUGAGAGAUCGGAUGACAAUGAAACUAUUCAAAGAGAAUAUGAAGAGAUAAUUAACGAUCAAAGAAGUGGGAAACAUGUUGAUUCCGAUGUAAAAACCUCGUGUCAAAACGUUGAACAUAGUAAACAUAAUUUCAAUAAGACUGUGAAUAAUUUUAAUAGUGGUGUUGAUAAUAAGAAUGUAAAUGGGAAUGGAAAUGAAAAUGGAAAUGGCAUUCGUGGUAAUACUGAUAAUGGUAGUGAUAAAAAUGCAAAUUUGAAUUUUAAUUUGAGUCAAGAUAAAAAUAAGAUUAGUAACAGUUUGAACAGAGAUAAAAUAAAUGAAAAGCCAAGUUUAGAUGAUAUUA